AUGAUGUGCCUUUUUAAGCCGAACACAUACGAUCCGAAAGAUUGGCAGUGCCCCAAGCCAAGCUGCAGGACCGUGAACUUCAAGAAGAGGCUUACGUGCAUUUCUUGUGGGGCCCGGAAGCCAGAUGGGGCGAACAGGCCCUUGGAUGAUUGGCGAGAUGGGGAGAAGACAAGCACCGGUCCUUGGACGUGCGACGCAUGCGGAACCAAGAAUGAAGGCGGCGCUAUGUAUUGCAUGCAGUGCAAAAUGCCGUCUCCGGACAUGAAACGAGCCAUUGAAGAGGAGAAGGCUCAGAGAGCUAUGGAUGAAGGCAGGGGUGGCGGCUUGUUUGAUCGCCAAGACCCGAAUGAUAGAAACGACUGGGACAGCGGAGAUGAAGAAGUGGACGAGUUUGGGCGCCGCAAGAAGAAGAGUGCCGCCGCGAAGGCGAAGCCGAAGGCAUCCAGCCAGCUAGCCGACAAGCACAAGGCAGCACUGGAAAGGCUGAAAAACAAGCAUGCGGCCAGCAAGCGCGAUGAGAGCCCUGGCCCAGUCGAGAAGUCUGCGUCGCUCGCGAAGCCGCAGCCGAAGGCGUCGCUGACCCCGAGAACUACAGGCAAGGGGCAAGAGAUCAUGGUUCUCUGGAGAGCACUAGCCAGACGGACUACAUGUCGACGUUCAUUCCAGCCUCCGGUCGGACGAGGCGGCAGCCUCUCGAUGAUCAGAUGGAGCUCGUCAGGUAUGGAUAUGGAACUUCUCAAGACAGAAAUUGUCGAUGAUGUAGCUGUUGUGAGGCUUCUUGCUCCAGAGGGACAGUUUCCGUGGGGUACUCGCAUCUUCGAGCACCGCCUAAACCCCCUGCUGAUCCAGCAGGUGAAUGCGGCCUUGGACGUGGCGGAGAGAAACGGCGUGAAUGCGCUCACAGUGAUAGGAGAUGGGCGUUUCUUCUGCAACGGCAUGGACCUGCAGUACAUCUCUGCAAAUGUGGCGGAGUCCACGAAGAUCCAAGCUGACGCUGAAAAGCUCAUGUCCCGAAUCCUUACAUUCGGCGUGCCGACAGUUGCUGCAAUCAAUGGGCACAUCACGGCGGGUGGGGCCAUGCUCGGACUGGCUUUCGACAAGCGCCUCAUGCCCGCUGACUCCCCAGGGCUUUUCUUCGUGCCUGGCAUCGACAUUGGCCUGGUCUACUCUGCUGGCAUGACUGAGUUGAUGAAAGCAAAGCUCCCUUCGACCAUGUGGAACGACACCCUCUGCAUGGGAAAGCGAUACCAGUCCGCGGAGCUCAAGGCAAACAGAGUAUUGGAGGAGACUCCGGCAGCCUCGGAGUUCUUCGACGUUGCUCUGCAGUUGGCCAAGUCCCUGAAGAGCAAGGGCAAAGAUCCGAAGACUCGCGAGACCAUGCAUGGCAUCAAGAACAAUCUCUACAAGGACGCCGUGGCACUGCUUGGGCAGAAGGUGCAAGACAUGGGCUUUGCCGACGGAACCUUCGAUGCCACCGGCAGACCCCGCAAGUCUUAA